AGCUUUCUGAAGCAGUAAAAAUUCUUGAGCAAGACAAAGGAGCUGUGGAGAUGAGUCGCUUUGAGGAGAGUCGCCGUCGUAGAGAAUUACAUGAUAAAGUUCUGCAGCUCGAGUUGGACAUUUUGAAGAUGAGGUCCAACCUGGAAACUCUGUCCACAUCAGUGGAUCCACUUAGCAGAACUCUGCCUGAUACUAAAGACCAAAUCCGCAGAGAGAGACAGAAGCAGGCUGAGAAGGAGAUAAAGAAACUGAGAGAAGCUCUUAGAAAGGCUGAGGAGAAAACAGAUGAGCUGGAAUAUGAGAAAGAACAUGCACUGAAGCAGCUUCACUCCUCUGAUGAGCUUAAAGAAGAGGCUGUAAACAAAGCAGGAGAGAUGGAGCAAAGGCUGAGCAGCUCCAUCCAAAAUCAAGCAGAGCUAGAAGAGCAGCUCAGUGAGUCUCGCAGCCGGCUGGGACAAAUGGAGCUGGAAAAAGACCUGUUUUCUGCUAAGAUGCGGAGACUAGAAGACAAUCUGAAUGACGUGAAGGUCAAACUGUCUGGAGCUUUAAUGGACAAAGACCGUCUUCUCCAGGAGAAAGCAGAGCUGUGUCAGAAGGUCCAGAGUUUGGGUCUGCAGUUGCAGAGAGAGCAGAGGAGCAAACAGGGCUUCAGUGAACAGAUAUCUGAUCUUCAUUCUGAGCUUUCACAAGCUAAGAGCCAAAGCAGCAAACAGAAGAUGGACACAAUGCAGAUGAAAGAGGAGCUGCUUUCAGUUAAAGAGUUGAAAGCAAAGCUUUCAUCUGACCUAACCAAGGCCACAGAGAGACUACAGGUGACCCUUAACCAGUUACACGAGCUGGAGGCGGAGAAACUAAUCCAAACCAAUCAGAUUACAGCGCUGGAGACUGAACGCUUGCAGCUGAUUGGAGAGAAGGAGGAGCUAAGGAAAACAUUUGAUGAUGGUCUUCAUGGAAAAAUUAAGCAGCUGGGAGAGAGAUGCUGCCAACUCAAGAAACAGCGGGACAAUCUGGAGCAAGAAAAUCAGCGUCUGCAAUUCAAAUGUAAAGAACUGGAACAAAAAAUAGAAAGCCUGGAGGCGGGGCAGCAACACAAAAAAGAGGAAGAGCAUCAUAUGAGGGCGGAGUUUGAGCGGGAGAAGGAGGAGUUAAAGAAAGUGGCAGCUCACUGGAACGAGAGAUGGCUGGAUGUGGCGAUGACGUUAUGCUCAACUCAGGAAGAACUAGAUGUGCUCAAAAGUCAACAGCAAGAGAAAGACGGAGUGUCUUGUGAAGACCUGAAUGGAGAGCUGGAGGAGGAGCUACUUAGGUUGAGAGACAUGCUGAAGGUCAGAGAUGUUGAGCUGCAGUCUGUUCUCAAUCAGGAGUCACAACAGAGUGAUAAAGUCCAGAAGCUGGAGAAGCUGCUCUCAAAGAAGGAAAAGGAAUUGAUGGAAAAAGAUCAAGAUCUGAAGAACCUGGAGACACAGAGGAUAACAGAGAAAACAGAGGCUCAGAUCAAGAUAUCAGCCCUGGAGCAAGAGAUUUUAGGACAUAAAAGACAUUCAGGACAGGAAGUGGUCAAGGAAUCUAGUCCUGAGUCACUGUCGGCCCUGUUGGAAGAAAGCAGGAGGCGAGCAGAAAGGCGUGAACAAGAAAGAGACCAGGCCUUACAAAAACUGUGCGAUCUUACAGGUUCCCAGAGUAAAGAAUGUCUUCGAGAAAUCCUAAAACAGAAACCUGCCCAGCCCCCUUCAGACCUUGCAAUUGAUCCCAAUACACAAAGGAGGCUGGUCACUGAGCAGCUGAAAAGUCUGUUCAGAGAGAGAGAGCAGUGUGGAGAAAGAUCUUCAGUGUUCCCAAGAAGACCUUACUUGGCUGAUAAUUUGGUCCAAAAUGCUUCAGAUAUUAAGAACUGGAAUGCUGUUGACGUGAACCAUCAGGGAAGAGAAACGCAGACACCGGAGCAAGAUCCCCAACAGAGGGCAGCAAAACCAUGUCCAUCCCAGAUCUCAGACGGAGGAUCAGACAGGUCUGCAGGAGGGGUGGAGGAUAAACAGCCAAUCAGCGUCAAGCAUUCCAGCAAGACUGCCCAGAUAUAGAAGAUACGGAAGGGUCCACUUGAAGAAUGGAGGGGGAUCAACUGCUGAAGUGAAGAUCAUCCAUUGUGAAGAAGACAACUUUGCUAAAUGCACCUUUAUUCCUGUUCUCCUAAGUUGAACUGCACAGCUAAGCUAAGCUAAUUUUCUUUGUUGUUUAACUUUCAAGUGACUGCUCCAGCUGUGAGAUACAGUUCAGAUACAAAACACCAACAUGAUUUCAGAUGAAAUUCUACAUUUAUUAGUUUCUAAAACAAUCACUUUUUCAUAAAUAGAUUGUUUGAA